AUGGCGGCGCUGCGAGGUCUCUUGGGUUGGCGCCGUUGUCGUCUCCCCUUGGAGGCGGCACCUCGCCGGCCGCUUUGGGGACUGAAGGCCGCCGACUCCGGCCGCGAGGGGACCCCGAGUGGACUGAGCAUCGCAGCCGCGGGGGCUGCUGGCGGGGCGCUCGCUUGGCUCGCCUGCUACCACUACUACGACCGCCGCCCGCACCAGUCGCCCCCCGCGCUGGGGCUCGGCAGCCGGGGGGAGCAAGGAGAAGCCGGGACGCCGAGCCAAGGCCGGGGGCUGCAGCCCAUCCCUGUGGCAGCUGCUGCCAAGGAGAUGAUGGUCACAGAAAACAGACCAGAUCAUGAAGAUUUAGAGCUUUAUGCAACUUCCCGGGAACGGCGGUUUCUAACUUUUGCCAGUUUAAAAUUUGAAGGGCAGCUAUUUAUGACACCAUAUGAUUUCAUCCAAUCUGUUUCAAGUGAUGAACCAAGAGAGACAAAACAGUGGAAGACACUCUCAAAACAGGAAUUGAAUCAGAUACUUAUUGAAACUCCACCAGUUUGGAAAGGAUCAUCAAAACUCUUCAGGAAUCUCCAAGAAAGGGGUAUAAUUUCUUACACAGAAUAUCUCUUUUUACUAUGUAUCUUAACAAAACCACAUGCUGGUUUUAGAAUAGCAUUCAACAUGUUUGAUACAGAUGGAAAUGAAAUGGUGGACAAAAAAGAGUUCUUAGUGCUGCAAGACAUAUUUAGAAAGAAAAAUGAGAAGAAAGAAAGAAAAGGAGAUGAAGAAAAGCGUUCAAUGCUGCAUCUCCAGCUUUAUGGAUACCACAGUUCUACUAAUGUGCUCAAAACAGCUGGAGAGGAUCUUGUUCCAAGAAGCUAUUGGGACACUCUGAGACGUAGCACAAGUCAGGCACUCUUUUCAGACCUUGCAGAGCGUGCAGAUGACUUUACCAGUUUACACUCUGAUACUACGUUGCUGAUACACUUUUUUGGAAAGAAAGGAAAGGCUGAGCUUAACUUCGAAGAUUUUUACAGGUUUAUGGACAACCUCCAAACUGAAGUUCUUGAGAUAGAAUUCCUUUCCUAUUCUAAUGGAAUGACCACCAUCAGUGAGGAAGACUUUGCUCAUAUACUGUUAAGAUAUACAAAUGUGGAGAAUACCUCAAGCUAUCUGGAAAAUGUGCGCUGCAGUAUCCCAGAAGAACAAGGCAUUACAUUUGAUGAAUUUAGAUCCUUUUUCCAGUUUUUGAACAAUCUAGAAGAUUUUGCAAUUGCAAUGCAAAUGUACAAUUUUGCAAAUCGUUCAAUAGGACAAGAUGAGUUCAAGCGUGCAGUGUAUGUGGCUACUAGUUUGAAGCUUUCAUCUCAUUUAGUGAAUACAGUUUUCAAGAUCUUUGAUGUAGAUAAGGAUGAUCAACUGAGUUACAAAGAAUUUAUUGGUAUUAUGAAAGACAGAUUGCAUCGAGGAUUCAGAGGUUACAAAAGCAUACAGAAAUAUACCACUUUCAAAUCCUGUGUGAAGAAGGAACUCAACAGCAGACAAUGAAAGACUUCGCAUAUGAGUUGAAGAACUAUGGUGUUUGCAUGAUGACUGUAAUAGGCAAGCACUUGUAAAGCUUCGGAAGCACUUUCUGAACUGAAAUAUCCUAAGGUGAAUGCCAAAUCACCUCUACUUUUUCUUUUGCAAGCUGACUACAGAAAUCAGGGAUAGACCAUUAGACCAUACAUUUUUCAGAUGAAACAAGAUCUCAAAAUUCUGGACUGUAAUUUUUAAAGCACUCUACCUAUAUGAUUCAAAAUAUGGCUCAUCUGCUUUUCCUGGAAGGGAUUCAUGUGUAUAUUUUUUAAUGUUUCGUGUAGUUUUUAAGUGGUCAUCUGCAGAUUCUUACUUACAUUCAACUUCCUUCCACCAGAGUAGAAUUAUGAUUUAAUGUUUUUCCCCAGUAUUAUAUUUCAGUCAUGUUGAGCCCAUGCUAGUAGAGAAAAUUGAAAUGUAAGUCCUUAAAUCAAAAACAAAAGAGUGUGCAUUUACAUAUGAAAAUGCUUUAAAAGUUUUUCAGUGCAGAAAGGGUAGAGCAAUCGAAUAACUUUAUGCAUAACCCAUUUCAGGGAUAGACACUUCACAAAUAGCAUCACUACAUUUACCUGGGAGUAUUUUUUUUUUUUAGCAGGGUGAGAUUGUUUCAUUUAAAUUCAUUUAAAUGAUCACAGAAGUCUAUAAAAAUACAGGUGCAUUUAGAAAUGUAUUUUUAAAAAUCAAGUGUAGUUUAUUUUCUCAUGCCAUUCCAUUUUUGUAGUUUAUUUCUUAAGCUGAUUAAUGUGCCUAUAAUAAUUACAGUUAUAUAGGAGAAAAUAUUUCCAUCUAGAGUUAUCACAGAAACAUAUAUUAAAAAUAUAAAAUGAGAUUCAUUUUUAAACAAAAUCUGAUUGUGUGGAUAAAAACUGUAAAGCUAUCUAUCACUAUGAAUUAUUAAGACUUAUAGUAUAGAAAGAACCUAAGAUUUUUUAAUGAAAAAUCUAUAGACUAUUUAAGUUGGAUUUUUAAAUUCAAUUCUGAUGUUUUUCAUUAUUGGCAUUAAGUCCUUUAAUUUAAUUGAUGUAAAGAUGGUAGCUUUACUCCAGCACUUUACUAUAACAUUGUAGAUUGAUCGAAGCAUAUUGAUUUUAA